AUGGCAAAGCAAAAUCUUAGCAUGGGUCGCAAAAAGACAGGGUGUACAAAAAUUCUGAGCAAAAGUCAUCGACAUGUUACAUUCUCCAAACGUCGGUCAGGGCUUUUUAAGAAAGCUAGUGAGCUUUGUACACUUUGUGGGGCUGAGAUUGCCAUUGUUGUUUUCUCACCAGCGGGCAAGAUUUUCUCAUUUGGUCACCCCAACGUUGAGCCUAUACUUGAUCGUUUUCUUACUGGAAACCCUAACUUAGGGUCCAAGAAACACCAGCUCAUUGAAGCUCAUCAAAAUGCUAAUGUUCGUGAGCUCAACAAUUAUCUCACUCAAAUUAUCAAUCAAGUCGAAGCUGAGAAAAAGUAUGGAGAAGCACUUGACCACAUGAGGAGGGCUAACCAAAGACAAUGCUGGUGGGAAGCUCCAAUCAAUGAGCUUGGGCUACAUGAGUUAGAGCAAUUAAGGGUUUCGAUUGAGGAGCUAAAGAAGAACGUAGCAAAACAAGCCAACAAGAUUUUGUUUGAGUCUGCUCCUAAUUCUUUACCACACUUGGAGAUGAAUGGUAUAGAAUAUGUUGAAUUUCUUGAGAGCAAGCCUAAAGUUGAUGCUGCUUCUACUAUCCCUAAUGCCUACGAUUUUGCUUAUGGGUAUCUGCUUUAA